AUGAAGAUUCCUAACAUUGGUAAUGUGAUGAAUAAAUUUGAGAUCCUUGGGGUUGUAGGUGAAGGAGCCUAUGGUGUUGUACUUAAAUGCAGACACAAGGAGACACAUGAGAUUGUGGCUAUCAAGAAAUUCAAAGACAGUGAAGAAAAUGAAGAAGUCAAAGAAACCACUUUACGAGAGCUUAAAAUGCUUCGCACUUUGAAACAGGAGAAUAUAGUGGAGCUGAAGGAAGCCUUCAGAAGAAGAGGAAAGUUAUACCUGGUUUUCGAAUAUGUGGAAAAAAAUAUGCUUGAACUGCUAGAAGAAAUGCCAAAUGGAGUUCCACCAGAAAAAGUGAAAAGCUAUAUCUACCAGCUGAUUAAAGCAAUUCAUUGGUGCCAUAAGAAUGAUAUUGUUCAUAGAGAUAUCAAGCCUGAGAAUCUCUUAAUAAGCCACAAUGAUGUUCUGAAGCUGUGUGACUUCGGCUUUGCUCGUAAUCUUUCUGAAGGAAGCAAUGCUAACUAUACAGAAUAUGUGGCUACCAGAUGGUACCGCUCACCUGAGCUCUUGCUUGGAGCCCCUUAUGGAAAGGCUGUGGAUAUGUGGUCGGUAGGCUGUAUCCUGGGAGAGCUGAGUGACGGGCAGCCCUUGUUUCCUGGCGAGAGCGAGAUUGACCAACUCUUUACCAUUCAGAAGGUGCUAGGCCCACUGCCAGCUGAGCAGAUGAAGCUGUUCUACAGCAACCCACGCUUCCAUGGCUUGCGGUUUCCAGCAGUCAAUCAUCCACAGUCUUUAGAGAGAAGAUACUUGGGAAUUUUAAGUGGCGUAUUGCUUGAUCUUAUGAAGAACUUACUGAAGUUAGAUCCAGCUGACAGAUACUUGACUGAACAAUGUUUGAACCAUCCUUCAUUUCAAACCCAAAGACUCUUGGAUCGCUGUGGUAGUUCACCUUCGCGGUCAACUAAGAGGAAACCUUACCAUGCAGACAGCAACACAUUAUCCAACAGAAAUCAAGCCAGCAAAAGUUCUGCUUUGCAGUCACACCACAGAUCAAACAGCAAGGAUAUACAGACACUAGGGGUUGGCGGGCCAAGAGAAGAGGGUCUUCCAGCAAAUGAAAGUUUUUUAAAUGGAAACCUUCCUGGAGCUGCACAUAGUCCAAUGCAUGCAAAAAAAUCAAGCAACACACCCGGAUCUGGCAACAAGGAUCUAGCCAAUAAUAACAUGCCACAUCUUCUCAGCCCAAAGGAUACAAAGGCUAAAACAGAAUUUGAUUUUAAUGUGGACCCAAAAAGUUCUGAUGGUCCAGGCACAAAGUACCUGAAGUCUAACACCAGAUCUCAGCAGAACCGGCACUCAUUUAUGGAAACCUCUCAAAGCAAAACUGGGACACUGCAACCUGGCGAUAAGCACAGUCGCCACAGCUAUAUUGAUACUAUCCCACAGUCUUCUAAGAGUCCUUCAUAUCGGACAAAGUCAAAGAGCCAUGGGGUUCUGACAGACUCGAAAUCCGUGGGCAACCUUUCUGAGGCCAGGGCCCAAGCUGCAGAACCGAACAGCAGUAGGUAUUUUCCAUCCAGCUGUAUGGACUUGAACUCUCCCACCAGUCCAACUGCUCCGCGACACGGUGACAACAGAACUUUGCUCAGUCCGUCCGGGAGGAAUAACCGCAGCGAGGGUACUCUGGAUACCCGAAGACCAUCAACAAGACACUCCAAAACAAUGGAGGAGUUAAAACUGCCAGAUCACAUGGAUGGAAGCCAUUCCCACUCUCUCUCUGCUCCACAUGAAUCUUUUUCCUAUGGUCUAGGUUAUACCAGUCCUUUUUCUUCACAGCAGCGCCCUCAUAGACACUCUAUGUAUGUGAGCCGGGACAGAGUGAGGUCAAAGGGCUCAGAGGGUGGCUUAAGCAUAGGGCAAGGGAUGGCAGCCAGAGCAAACAGCCUGCAACUGUUAUCUCCACAGGUGCAGCAUAAGUCACUCACAAGAUCUGUUGGCUCGUCACGAGAAGACUGUACAGAAGAUACUAAUAGGAGUGACCAAAUUCCAUCAGAAAUUAUUAACAAGGCCUUGAGAAAAGAUUCCUCCAGAGAUGUUAUAACUGCAUUUUAUUCUUGGAUAAAAUCUGAGAGUCUGAAUCAUGCUCAGGGUGGAGCUUAUCACGAUCCACACACAGAAGAUGGAGCAUCUACUAAGGAAAAUAGAAUUCUGUAUAAUGACCCUGUUCCGAGAAGAGUUGGCAGCUUUUACAGAGUUCCAUCUCCGCGUCCAGAGAGUACGUACAUAGAAAACAAUGUGUCAAACAGAGCCUCUGUGUUACCAGCAGACAGCAGCACGGUGGCAAACCACUCAAAGAGACAAACAACCUUUGAUACCUGGAAAAGUCCUGAAAACCUUAACAGUCACUCAGAACAGCUCAAGGAGAAAGAAAAGCAAGGUUUUUUCAAGGCAAUAAAAAAGAAAAAGAAGAAAUCUCAAACC